GAAAAAUGGCGUCCUCCGCUGCCCGGCUUGCAUCACGCUGGCUAUCAGCAUCUGUUUCUUCCACUCAUCGUAGCGGUCGUUUUUUAAGGUUCUCCGCCAGACAUGCUGGAGUUUGUCCCGCGACGGAACCGCACACGAACCGGGGAGGGAUAACAGUCAGUUUUAGCUCCUGGACACACGGGAAUGUCGUGACAUUGAGAGGACUGACAGGUACAAGAUGUCCAUGUUGCCAUACCAGCCGCUCUUUUCACACCAGCAACCAUUUAGCAAACAAAGAGGACUUCUAUCAAGUGUUGGGAAUCUCCCGCUCUGCCUCACAGAAAGACAUUAAAAAAGCUUAUUACCAGUUAGCAAAAAAGUAUCACCCAGAUACUAACCCAGAUGACCCAGAAGCCAAAGAGAAGUUUGCAAAGCUGGCUGAAGCCUAUGAGGUGCUGAGUGACGAAGUGAAAAGGAAGCAGUAUGAUACAUAUGGAGCAGCAGGAUUUGACCCAAACCGGGCCGGGCAAAGCCAGCAGCAGUACUACAGGGCAGGGGGGACGAGUAUCAACCCAGAGGAGCUCUUCAGGAAGAUCUUUGGAGAGUUUUCUGGAGGAAUGGGAUUUGGAGACUUCAACAACAUGUUUGAGCAAAGACCCGAGUAUGUGAUGGAGCUAACAUUUUCAGAGGCUGCAAAAGGUGCAAACAAGGAGCUAAAUAUAAACAUUGAUGACAACUGCCCUAGGUGUGAUGGGAAGGGAAAUGAGCCGGGCACCAAAGUGUCUCACUGCCACUAUUGUAACGGCACUGGCAUGGAAUCAGUCAACACGGGUCCUUUCAUGAUGCGUACCACCUGCAGACGCUGUGGUGGUAAAGGAUCGAUAAUAAACACGCCCUGUGCUCUGUGCCGAGGCUCAGGCCAGAUGAAGAAGAGGCAGACGGUCACUGUACCUGUGCCUGCAGGAGUGGAAAAUGGUCAGACGGUCCGUAUGCCGGUAGGAAAUAAAGAAAUCCUCAUUACAUUCAGGGUCCAGAGAAGUCCAGUCUUCAGGCGUACUGGAGUGGACAUCCAUUCAGAUGUGUUGAUCUCUGUGGCUCAGGCCAUCUUGGGGGGCACAGCCACAGCACAGGGUCUCUAUGACACCAUCAGUAUCAUGAUUCCUCCCAGCUGUCAGGCUGAUCAGGUCAUCAGACUUCACGGGAAAGGCAUCCGGAGGAUGAACAGCUACAGCUACGGCGAUCACUAUGUUCACAUCAAGAUCAGAGUGCCAAAGAAAUUGACUCGUAAGCAGCGCUCUCUGAUGAUAAAUUAUGCUGAAGAGGAGACAGAUGUUCAGGGGACAGUCAACGGUGUUGAUCCCUCUAGAGGAGGGGGCAGCAGUGCUUCAGGUUCUGGUGCGAAGAAGGAGGGACAGGACAAAGAGCAGCAGCAGGAAGAGGGAGGCUUCUUCUCCAAACUAAAGAAACUGUUCAGCUGACACUCUGCUAAACAGGUAGAAAACCACGCUAAACAUGAUGAAGGAGGAGACAAAAUCCACUCUCCUGGCCUCCAUGCUGUCUAUCCAGCUCUGAGGAUUAAGUAAAGAGGGCAAAGAGCGAGGCAGAGUGGUAUUUGUGUUGACACAGUCACACACUGAUGAAGCUGCGGUUAGCAAACGGGCCACGCAGACGCCAUGUCCACCCACACACCCACCAGCCGGUCACUGCAGACAGGUGCUGAGGCAAGAAACUCAAGAACUGCUGAAGGAGGAAAAAGACGAUGACUACAGAGGACGAUUGUGGAAUAAAGUGCAACACUCGCUGAUUCAGGAGUGCAGUUUGUAACACUAUUAAAAAGUAAAAUGAGUCAGAAAAGACACAAAUAAAAGGUGGAAUUGAAGUUAUGGUAAGAAGAAAGAAUAACUAACCAAUGAUCUUGACAGCUUUUAUUGUUCCACUGACAUUUUAUUUCUACUUCAAUCUACGUUCUGUGCUGUUGCCAUACAACUUGAUUCAAAGAACACAAAGGAAAGAUAGAAUUAUAAAACAUAAUAAGGGAGUUAUUUGAUUUUAAAUACGUGUAACAUCCUUUUCUAUGACAUGAAUAAAAGUGAUGUUUAAUAUUUAAUCCAAAAAUAAAAUACGAAGGAAACAGAUUUGAAAACGUCUCCAUCUGACUCAGCUGAAGUUGAUGUGGGCUGUGUAUAAGUGGCAACAAAACAUUGAAAAUGAAUAAAUGAUUUAUGAAAUAGCAAAGCAACGAAACAUUUGGGAAGAGCUGACCUUCAUUCAUUUGGUUAAAGGUCUACUUAGAGUAGAUUUUAAAUCAAGGGUUGGCAACUGGCAACCCUAUGGCCACAUGCAGCCCUUCACAAAGCCCUCCCACGAAAACAUGGAAAAAAUGACAUAUUUACCAAAUAAUACAUACCUGAUAGGUGCUAAGAGCCCUGCAAGACAUCAGUACAUAUAAUUGGCUGUAAUUGUCUCUGUGAAAGUUUUCUAUUUCCUUCAUUAAAUGCAUUUGUGAAAGAAGUAAAUAUGCAAGAAAAAUCUGCUAAAAUAUCCAGAAACUACGAUAGUAACUGCAGUGAUAAAGUAGUUUUAAUUAGAUCAUACA